AAUUCUUGUUAAUGUUAUUGGCGUCUUGAUGGGUGCGACGUCGAAAAUGAAUGAACAAGAAAUACGAGAUUCAAUAGAAAAUUGUAAAAAACAAAUAACUGAUUUGGGAAAUUUAUUUGAUGCAAAUUCUGAAUUUAAUAAUGCAAAUGGAAUAGACAGAAUAAAGCAACAACUCCUAGAUGUCAUAAAGACAAGAGAAGAAAAUCUUUUGGCUAUUAAAAAAGACCAAUUACUAAAUUUACUGGAAACAAAAUAUGAAACGUCAAACUAUAUAUCCAUUGCACCUGACCAAAGUAAAGAAGACAAUGAUAUCGGGGGUACAAAUGCUAAUAUUAAACCUUCUGAAGAAUUAUUGGCAGAGAAUAUUGAAAUUUACAAAUGUCAAGCCUAUUUUUCUGAUUUUAUAUAUCCUAAAUAUCACGAUGCAGUUAUAUUCGAUACUCAUAUAACAAAUUGCAAUGGCACAAAUCAAGAUGAAUUAGUCGUUCUAUUCAGUCAUCCCAUUGUAACUGCCAUGAAGCCAUGUGAUCGAUUUUUAAUGGGACAAAAUUGUGACGAUUGCAAAUAUUCUCACGGUCAUGUAGUGAAGAAACGGGAUACAAGAGAUUAUGUUGAACCAAAUUAUGAUAACAUAUCGGUGGGCAGCAAAUGUCUAGCCAAGAAUGAGCAGACCGAUCUUUGGGUAUUUUCCGAAAUUGAAUUUUUGGAUGUAGAUUCUUGCCAAUCAAACGAUUCUCAUGUCGUCGUCAAAAAUCUUACCAAUAAUCAAUCAUUCGCCACCUCUUUCGUUAACAUCAAAAUUAUUGAAGAAAUGCAACCUACCGAAACGAAGAGCCUUGUGCCUAUUGAAAGUUCGAAAGGUUAUCACGAUUCUAGUGAAGCAAGUCGAUCCCAAAUUAAACAGGCCGAAGAUUCGAAUCCUAUUGGAAUGAAACUACUUUUGAAGAUGGGGUUUACACCCGGUUUAGGAUUAGGAAAGUAUGAACAAGGUAUUAAAACUCCCAUCAAAGCGCAAACCGCCGAAAUAUUACUCCUUAAUAAAAAGAAAUCUAGCCUUAAAUCGAACGAAAAGCCAAAGGAAGUGGCGAAUACCGACAAAUCAAUCCCAAAAACCAAAAAUGUCGAAGGAAUUUCGGUAUUUAAUCUCUUGAAUAGUCAAAUAAUUACUCAUUCUUCGAGUAGUCAAAGGGAGAAAAAGGCAAAAAAAUCACGCAAAAAUGGUUUCGAUUAUAGCAAAAGUGAUAUUAAAAAGUCGAAAAUAUUUUAAAAUAUUAAUGUUGCGCUUAUAUUGAAAUUUUAUACAUUAAAAAAAAAUAUUAGAUAAUCUUAUAAUAAGGGAAAUUAUUUUAAUUUUGGAUGUAAUGUUUUUUUUUUAAAUUAUGUA